CAUCAGCUUCGAGUACUAGGGCACGGAUUAUCGCAGCUGUUAAGAAACCGGAAGAAAACCCCAGUUUCUUCAGCUCCUCCUACAGGAGAAGAUGAGGCUGUUCGUACCAUUGAAGGCACAUCGCAAACACGUGCGCCACGAGUUAUCCAUCAGCAUGUGGUGACGACGCCAUGCAAGCGGGAAUACAAAUCCGCUGUUCAACGAGUCAUGGAUAAUCAGGUCAUUGCACGGAAUUUAUCUCCAAAACGUCCAAUGAUUCGCACACCAGUUCGACCUAUUAGGAAUCCUCCACUGACAGCUGCGACGAAUCCUACUCAAGUUGCAAAACAAAGCAAAGCUGAGGCUUUGCGUCGUGAAAAGGAAGAGCUUGCUGCGCAAUUGCGAGAAGAACAGUGUAAAGAGAGAGCGGAACGUAUUCGUAAAGAACGCGAAGAGAAAGCAUUGAGGAUAAAGUUAAGGCCUAAACCGUCGACUGGAAAAAAAGAGGCUGAAGAAAGGCAAAAAGCUGAAGCGAGAAAGCGAAAGGAGGAGAUGGAUGAGCGGAGGAGAGAGGAAAUUCGAAUUCAAAAAAGUCCUUCGAAAGCAAAGCCCGCUUCUCGUCUUAUGCUAUUCCCGGCUACUCCUGGACGUGCCCCAUCAAAAGUGACGAAAAUGGGUGCCAUGGGUGAAGCUUCCAGGAGAGCCAACCUCAUAACACUAUUGCGAGAGGAAGAAAAGCGUAGGCUACGACUGGAUAGUGAUGUUAGGCAACGUCAGCUUCCCUCAGGAAACAUCGCUGUGAAAAUGGAAGUAGAUGAAGUGCAGCCCCAGGAUGAACAACGACUAAUCUUCGAGGAGCAAGAAAGAGUACGGCUUCUGGAAGAAGAAAAGCAAAGGGAAAAACGAAUUGCCGAAGAAAAAAUGGAGCGUGAAAGGCUGAGACUCGAGGAGGAGCAAAGGAAACAAGAAGAACAAGAGGCUUUCCUGAGGGAGCAGGAGCUGGAAAAGCAGAAAUUGUUAGCUAUUCAGCAGAAAGAGGCGGAAAGGUUACUAGAAGAACAAGCAAAAAGGGUAGCAGAAGAAGAGGAGAAGUUUUUGAAAGCAGCUGAACAAGAAGAACUCAAAAGGUUGCGUGACGAGGAAGAAGAGGCAUUGAAACGUUUGAACAUAAGCUCCUCAGCUGAGCUCCACAAUCGCCACCUUGAGAACGUCAGUUUGAACACGCCUGCUGUCCAUCAACAAUCAACGUCUCGUAACUCGUCGUAUGAGCUUACUCCUGACAAGGUGUUCAAGCCAUCCAGUGAGAAUAACUACAACAUAGAAGAUUUGUCCAGUGGAGACGAAACCGACCAAGAGGAUGCUCCUCGCAAGAAAGUUCCGGUUUGGGCCGAGGGUGCCCUUCUUCGAAGAGCACUUGCCGAACAAGCACAGAUUCUCAGAGCUGGCAGAUUCGAUCCUGAUGAAUUCUUCGGCGAGAUUUUCCCUCCGGAUCUGUCGAAGAUUUUCGGGACGUCAAAGAGAUACCCGCGGCGAGGUUCUUCAGGAAUAUGGGAGUCCCCGAUCAGUAAACCGCGUCAAGGAGUUGGAGCAUUUCAGAAACGAUUCAACCCGAAGACGUUU